CUUAAAUGGAAUUGAUGAAGAACUUUGGAAUUGUAUCGAUGGAACAGUGCAAGCUCCUGCUAAUGUUCAACCAAUUGGUCCAUCUGCUGCAUCUGCUGAAGUUGCUGAUCAAGAAAAACGGUUGAAGAAUAAUGAAAAGAGGUGCAUGAGGGAACUAAGAGGUGCUCUUCCUAUUGUGGUUUAUAAUUACAUUUGUAGUUGUAAAACAACAAAGGAGAUCUGGAACACUCUAAAAGAGAAGUAUCAAGGUAGCGAAAAGACGAAGAUCAAUUCUGUGAAGCAAUGUCUAGUUGAACUGAAAGAAUUCAGACGAAAGGAUGUUGAAACUCUUGAAAAUUACUAUGAUUGUCUGAAUGAGCUCAUGUUUCAUUGCAAUAGGUAUGGAAUCACUAGGUCUCUCAUGGAGUUCAAUUUAACUUUCAUUUUGGGUCUUCGCAAGGAAUGGCGAAGUGUGAGCAUGAUGAUUAAGAAUCAACAGAGUUUUGAUACAACUCAUUUGAAUGAUCUCUACAAUCAGCUGAAAACACAUGAAAUUGAAGUUUCAGAAAUGUAUGAAGAAUCAAAACAGAGUAUUGGAGGUCCUUUGGCUCUAGUUUCAAAGGUAUCUGAAGUUGAUGUGAAUGAAAAAGAUGAUUCAGAUAAUUAAUGAUUUUUGAUGAAUUCAGAUGAUGAAGCUGUGGCAUUCUACUCAAACAAUAGAGUUAAGAAAUUUUUCAAGAAGCCAUUUAAUCCAAAAGGAAAGGCUACUGAUGCGAAGAGUGGAGUCACAAAAACUGGAGGAUAGGAGAGGAAGAAAUUGGAGAAAGCUGAAGAGAAACAAAAAGAUGCAAAAGAAGUGAAGAAGCUGAAAGGUGACUCAGGAAUUUACUGUCACUACUGCAAUGGUGCGAAUCACUUCGCAGCCGAUUGCAUGUUGUGAAAGAAAGAAGAAAAGAAAGAAAAAGUUAAAGAUGAAGCAUACUAUUCUGAAAAGAUUGAAGAGAUACGUGCUAAGACCAAAGGAGUGUCUCUGGUUGCGAAAGGUGAAACCGAUGAUGAAGAGAGUGGUACGUAUCAGAUCUGGUCUUCAGGAUUUGAUGACGAGGAAAUGAGGCAUCCUACACAUGGAGCCAUGUUCGCAAGUUUUGAAGAUUGCGAAGAGGAAAUUUCAGGGAGGUGCUUCGUAUCCAAAUCCACGGACAAAUCACCCAUGACCACCAAUCUCAAAAAUUAAAUAUGUAACUAGGAGAGACACGAAGAUAAUUAGAAAUAAAAAGAAGCAGAGUAGACAAACUUGAAAUGCAGAUAAAAAAUGUAGAUUGUGAUAGGAAUAAUCUUACAAAUGAUGUUAGGUUGUUGCUAGCACAAAGGAACAUAUAUUGUAAUUCUGCCAAACGAUUGUAUGCAAAAUUAACUGCUUUACAUCAUUCUUCUGACAUUAGCAAAGAACAACAUAGGAAACUUUUACC